CGGCGGAGGAUGUUGUGGGGUAUGCGUGACGCGCAUUGGCUGCGACGCGCUCGUUGACAGCGGCGGAGAAAUGGCGCUGUUUCCAGCUUUUGCAGGCUGCAGCAGCGACAGCUCGGCUCCUGCACGCACAGAUUUGGACUGGCUGACGAAUAAAAGCUUCUGCACGGAGGAUGCCGUGUCUCUGCACCAGCGCACUCUGGAGGCCGACCACCAGCCUAUGGUCCGCGGAUCUAGGAGUCCGUCCGAGCCGGAGCUGUCAGCGGAAAGCGAGGGGGAUUCUAAGACGUCAAAGAAAAAGAAAAAGAAGAAAAAAAAGAAAAAAAAAAGCCACUCGAAGAAGAGAAAGCACGGCAGCGAUGAAGAUGAUGUUGGUAGGAGCAGCAGCGACUCUGAAAUCGUCUCAGCCACAAAGAAGGCAGAAAGUGAACCUGCGCAGAGGCAGGACUCUCAGAUAUCAGCCUCUGGAGUUUGGCGAUGGUUGGAUGAGACCCAGUCUGGGACCGAGGAGACGUUCGUCAUCGACAAGAAAGGCGACCCUGCAAACUGGCAGUACAAGUCUCUGUACAGAGGGGACAUUGCAAGAUACAAGCGGAAAGGGAACUCCUGCCUUGGGAUCGACCGUAAGAAGCAGCAGAUAGUUUGGGAGAAUACACCAGGCGAUAAGAAGCAACCCAAACAGGUGAAAAGGGUACGCUUUUUCUCUAAAGCUGCCGUGCAGGACUUCCGGUGUCCCGGAGAGCUGGUGUCUUCCCACCGUGAUGGAGCAGGAUCAGAAGUGCCGGAUUUUAUACCCGUAACGCACGGUGACCCGGAUGCUCCCGGUUCCUCCUCUGUUCCCACCAGCCGGGUAAACCCUCUCGGGGUAUACGAUUCAUCUACCGCCCUGUGGCUGGAAGGAAAAGGGAAUCGCAAAGAAGAAGACUGUCCGCAGCCGGCACCCAGAGACAGCGGCAUUCUGGGGAGGAUAGAGGACUACAACAGGAGAAUCCGGGAAAACCCAACAGACGUUCAGACGUGGAUGGAUUUUGUCUCCUUCCAGGAUGAACUGAUCAGCCACCCGAGCAUGUAUUCCACCAGCGAGGGAGAGCUGGACAGCCACCGCAUGUCGGUGAAGCCGCUUCUGGAGAAGAAAUUGUCCAUCCUGGAGAGAGCCAUCGAGAGCAACCCGGGCAGCACGGAGCUGAAGACCGCCAGACUGAAGGUGUGCGCAGAGUUCUGGGAAGCGCCCGCUAUGCUGAAGGAAUGGCAGAAACUGGUUUUCUUGCACCCCAAUGACCCGCAGCUCUGGCAGCAAUAUCUGCGCUUCUCCCAAAGCCAGUUCAGCACCUUCACCACGUCCAAGAUGAACGCUGUUUUUGGGAAGUGUCUCAGUACGUUGGCAGCAGUGCUGGACGGCAGCAUGCAGUCUCACCCAGCCCUGCCAGGCACUGAACGCAGCAUGUUCGAUAUUUUUAUCCAGCAAUGCCAUUUCCUACGGCAGGCCGGCCAUACGGAGAAAGCUGUGUCUCUGUUCCAGGCACUCAUUGAGUUUACGCUCUAUAAGCCGGACAGCGUGAAAGACAUGAGCAGCAGAGAACAGGUGCAAUUUUUUGAGCCAUUUUGGGACAGCGGGGAAUCGCGUUUUGGUGAGAAAGGUGCAAAGGGCUGGCGCUCCUGGAUGAAGCAGCAGGAACGUGGCGGCUGGGUCACCAUCAAUAACCUGGACGAGGACGACGAGGAUGAAGCGGACGAGGAAUUUGACAUUAAAGACAAAGACCGUCCCAGGCAUGAGAUCUGGCUGGAUGUAGAGUGCACGAGGGAAUUUCGGCACUGGUUGCCGUGGCGACCCGAUCCUGCCAAAAAGCAGACCGAGGAGGAUUGUGAGGAUCCAGAGAGACAGGUGCUGUUUGAUGAUCUCGGUCCGUCCCUGUUUAGGAUCUCCAGCCCCGGUCUCCAGUUCCAGCUGAUCCUCUCCUUCCUGCAGUUCCUUGGGGUCCCCUGCGGGUCUCGCCUCCCCGAGUCUUGCCUCUACCUCUUUCUGGACGAACCUUCCAUCUUUGACCCCAUUCCUCCUUACGAGAGGCUGCUGACCUCAUUCGAGCCGCCAGGGUCAGGGGUUUGCACCGUCGGUCACUUGGACACCAUGACCCGAGGCAGGCGACUGGUGGGUCAGUCCAAGGAAGGAGAAGACUUCAUACAAAAUGUCUUCCAGUCUGCGCUUUCACUGUUCCAAGGAGAGGAGAAGGUGAAACUGUCGGUCUACUGGCUGCGGUAUGAAAUAUCCAAGGUGGUCUCGUACCUCCAAACAACGAAUAAAAGGAAGCUGAAGUGUCAGGGCAAGCGGAGCAAACGCCUGGCCAAGGCUUUGCUGAAAGAGGCUUCGAACCGGAACUGCUUGGCCCUAUGGAAGGAGUACGCGCUACUGGAGUGGCUUCUCGGCAACUUGGACGAUGCCAGGAAGGUGUUUGAUGUUGCGAUCGGUUCAGCGGGGGGCAAAGGGUUACAAGACCCGGAGCUCUGUGGCCUCUGCCUCCUGUACGCAGAACUGGAAGGGGAAAAGCUGGGGUGUCCGGACGGAGGCGCCGGCUCUCGGGCCGUCCACGUUCUGACGAGUCUUGCCGAAAGUUCCCCGUAUGCUCCCUUCAGCGGCCCUGUGCAAGCUCUUCGCAUCCUGAGAGCUCGCAAGGCUUACGAUCACGCUCUGGAAGACUGCCUGAAACGCCCCCAGACGCCCGGAGCGCUCUGUUUCUAUGGCUGUUUUACGCUGUUCCAGUAUCUCACUGUGGGCAUUGAUGCAGCUCUCGCUUUAUUGGUACAAAUCUCCAGCUCGUGUCUGCCCCCUGCUGCACACCAAGGAGAAGCGCAGAGCUCCCACAGCACUCUGCAGGAUAUCGCUGUCAUGCGCGCCAAUCUGCUCCGGUACCACACCAGGGCCAGCGUGUACCCUCUAACCCCACUCAGAGAGGCUCUGAUGGCCGCCUUAAAGCUGUGCCCCACCAACACGUCACUGUGGAGAAUGUACCUCCAGACUGAGAACAAAUUCCACGUUGCCAGCCGGGCCCGGCGAUACCUGGACGGCGUCCGGAGGAUGACGAACGCGCUGGAACCGCUCCUGUUUGCCAUACGGGCCGAACAGCAGAGGAAGGAGCUGAUUGACUCCGCACAGCGGGUAAAUCUGGUUGAGAUUCACUCCGUCUUCCCGGAAACCGGUCUGUCGAAUCGCAUCAAGGCCCUGUUUGAACACUCGCUUCGCACAGAACACGGUUCCCGAUGCCUGCUGCUGUGGCGCAUGUACCUGUGCUUUACGGUUUCUUUGGGACAUCGGGAGCGGAGCAGAGGGCUGUUCUACAAGGCGAUACAGAACUGUCCGUGGGCCAAGGUGCUGUAUCUGGACGCCGCGGAGUAUUUCCCAGACCAUCUCAACGAGAUCGCUGACCUCAUGAUGGAAAAGGAGUUGAGGGUCCGGGUGCCUCUGGAGGAGCUGGAUCUUCUUUUGGAGGAUUAAUCCGGAAACCUCCUUGACCUCAGAAAGAAUUUAUGUUAUUUAUAUAUAUAUAUAUAUAUGUUUUUUAUGAGAUCCUUAAUUUUUC